AUGGCUCUGUUGAACGAUAAAGAAUUCGAAGAGCUGGUGCCAGAAACUUUGAACCUCUUCACUCUACCCCCUUAUCAGACUAGUGUUCAGAAACAUUACUUCGUCAACGUUCGCCCUAUGAGCCAAAUCAACGAUUCCACGUCUUUGGAAUUUCACGUGUCCAAUUCCGGAGGCGACUACGUCGAUUUGAAGCGCACCCGUCUACACCUCAAGUCAAAGUCACUCAAACGGACGAAUCAGCUGGUGUCUUCCACCAACAACCAUUACGCUUACAAAAGUAUGAUGAAGACCCUGUUGGAGUAUGGACACGAGGCCAAGAGCACUCAGUUGACCACGCAGCUGUUCUACAAGGACGUAGCCGAACAAAACCCUGACCUGGAGAGCAGCAACGUCACCGGAUCUAUCAAUGGCGGAAUGUCGUCGAGAGCCUCCUACAUAGCGGACAGCAAAGUACUGACCAUGUCGGGACCCAUCUACGAAGAUAUCUUCGACGUUAACCGGUACCUGCUGAACGAGGUAGACCUGACAUUGAAGAUGUACAGAUCAGAUCCUAAAUUCUGCUUGAUGAGCAGCGUGAUCGAGCACAAAUUCAAAGUUCAGAUCUUGGACGCCUACCUGCAGGUGUGCAAAGUCAAAGUAAACCCCGCCCUGAUCUUGGCUCACAACGAACUCUUCGAAAAGUCCAACGCCCUCUACCCGUACACCAAAACCGAGGUCAAGGUCACCAGCAUCCCCACCAGCCAGCAGACGCACUCCAUCGACAACAUGUCCAACCCGGUGGCCAACAGAUACAUCGUGGGACUGGUGGAGAGCGCCAGUUUGAACGGGUCGUAUACCGGAAACCCCUUUAAUUUCAAGUCCUCCAUGCUUAAAAAAGUAACCCUGUACGUCGACGGCGUCAGUGUGCCGAGUCAACCCACGGAGGCGGACGAUGUCGAGUCUUACGUCAACAUGCUCGACGGCAUGGAUCUCUAG